AUGUACCGAUCCUGUGCAGGUGUGAUGUACCGAUCCUGUGCAGGUGUGAUGUACCGAUCCUGUGAAGGUGUGAUGUACCGAUCCUGUGAAGGUGUGAUGUACCGAUCCUGUGAAGGUGUGAUGUACCGAUCCUGUGCAGGUGUGAUGUACCGAUCCUGUGCAGGUGUGAUGUACCGAUCCUGUGAAGGUGUGAUGUACCGAUCCUGUGAAGGUGUGAUGUACCGAUCCUGUGAAGGUGUGAUGUACCGAUCCUGUGAAGGUGUGAUGUACCGAUCCUGUGCAGGUGUGAUGUACCGAUCCUGUGCAGGUGUGAUGUACCGAUCCUGUGAAGGUGUGAUGUACCGAUCCUGUGAAGGUGUGAUGUACCGAUCCUGUGAAGGUGUGAUGUACCGAUCCUGUGCAGGUGUGAUGUACCGAUCCUGUGCAGGUGUGAUGUACCGAUCCUGUGAAGGUGUGAUGUACCGAUCCUGUGAAGGUGUGAUGUACCGAUCCUGUGAAGGUGUGAUGUACCGAUCCUGUGCAGGUGUGAUGUACCGAUCCUGUGCAGGUGUGAUGUACCGAUCCUGUGCAGGUGUGAUGUACCGAUCCUGUGCAGGUGUGAUGUACCGAUCCUGUGCAGGUGUGAUGUACCGAUCCUGUGCAGGUGUGAUGUACCGAUCCUGUGCAGGUGUGAUGUACCGAUCCUGUGCAGGUGUGAUGUACCGAUCCUGUGAAGGUGUGAUGUACCGAUCCUGUGAAGGUGUGAUGUACCGAUCCUGUGAAGGUGUGAUGUACCGAUCCUGUGCAGGUGUGAUGUACCGAUCCUGUGCAGGUGUGAUGUACCGAUCCUGUGCAGGUGUGAUGUACCGAUCCUGUGCAGGUGUGAUGUACCGAUCCUGUGAAGGUGUGAUGUACCGAUCCUGUGAAGGUGUGAUGUACCGAUCCUGUGCAGGUGUUGUUUUUUUACCUUUUAUUUAUACAGGUUUUUUCUCAUUGAGAACUUCUCUUUUCCAAGAGAGACCUGGUCCAAUAGCAGCAGGGGGAACAACGUUUCAGACAAAACAACUUACAUACACUAACACAACAUUAAACAAAACUAUAAUCACACAUACAGUACAACAAAAACAUUUUACGUUAAUAACACGAAAGUCUGGCCUAAGGACAAUUACACUCUUCUGUGAUAUAUUCAUUGAUCAAGUGUUUAAAAUCCAUCAACGAAACUAGAUCAUCACAUUUUUUAAUAUUCAGGAGAGAAUUCCAGGGCCACGGAGCUGAGUAAACUAAAACUAUUUCUACCAUGACCUGUUCUGAUGUUUGGUACUGUUAGAAGCAAAUGAGAAUGGGACCGUCAUUUAUAUUUAUUUACCGACCUGACUAAAGAACAGAGAUAAAAUGGCAUUUUUACCCAAUAUGGCCUUAUAACUCAGUGUAUAUCAGUCUGUCAUUGUUGAAGUGUACCUAUGAUGACAAUUACAGGCCUCAUCUUUUUAAGUGGGAGAACUUGCACAAUUGGUGGCUGACUAAGUACUUUUUUGCCCCACUGUAUAUACAACAUCACUCAAAUCUAAAACCGAUAGUAAUGUACAUCGUACCAGCUCCUUCCUGGCCUCAAAAGAAAAACAAGCCUCAUGCCGGUAAUAAAAACCUAUUCUCAGCUUGAGCUUCCUUAUCAAGUUCUCUACAUGCACAGUGAAGCUCAGCUUAUAAUCAACCCACACACCCAAAUAUUUCUACACUUUAACUUGCUGUAUAGUAUGUCCAGCCAAUGUAGCAAUGACAUGAUUGGUAACAUGCCGGGCAUUUGAAAAUACCAUGCAUUUUGUUUUACCUGAAUUUAGAACCAGUUUUACAAUCACACAGAUUCUGUUGUAUAAUGUUAAAUGCUCUUUGGGCAUUUUCAAAAGCUAAAGAUAAACUACUACCACUUGAAUAAAGAACAGUAUCAUCUGCAUAAAAGUGAACAUCCUCUGUUUCAAUAAGGUCCCCAAUGUUGUUGAUAUACAAAAUGAACAACAGUGGGCCCAAAAUAGAACCUUGCAGAUAGAACCUGAGCACACCUCUAUGGACUCAGAUUUACAACCAUCCGCCAUUACACAUUGUGUACGAUUUGAUAUUGUUUUGUUACACGUGGUCUGCCACUGCGAGGACAAUCAGCUGUCCGUCCUGUCUCCCUGUAGCGCUGUCUUAGCCGUCUCACAGUACCGACAUUGCAAUUUAUUUGCCUCCUUGCAGCAUGCCUAAGGCACGUUCACGCAGAUGAGCAGGGACCCUGGGCAUCUUCCUUUUGGUGUUUUUCAGAGUCAGUAGAAAGUCCUCUUUAGUGUCCUAAGUUUUCUUAACUGUGACCUUAAUUGCCUACCAUCUGUAAGCAGUUAGUGUCUUAACAACCGUUCCACAGGUGCAUGUUCAUUAAUUGUUUAUGGUUAAUUGAACAAGCAUGGGAAAUGGUGUUUAAACCCUUUACAAUAAAGAUCUGUGAAGUUAUUUAGAUUUUUACGAAUUAUCUUUGAAAGACGGGGUCCUGAAAAAGGGACGUUUCUUUUUUUGCUCAGUUAAUACAUAGUAUAUUACCAGGAAGGGAACAGGACAGCUACUAGUAUGUUGCCUUGUGAGAAAGACAGGAACAUGGCUGACGGGGCUGUGAAGAACAUGUCAGGGCCUCAUCCUCCCCUCAAAGAAAAGAGAGACCGAGGAGAUGGCAGAGAGAGAGACUUUGAUAUUGCAAGAAAAAUACACCCACAGACAGAAAGUCAGACAUGCACAGACGGUCGGACAGACAGUAGUAGUGUGGAUGAAGGAUGGUCUGACUCCACUCCUCCUCCUCAGAUUGCUUCAUUGCAGAAGGGAGGAGACAGAUUCCCUCUGACUACCGACUCAGGAAAAGUGCUGGGGAGGGUUAGACUCACACACACGUUCACCGUUUGCACACAAACACGUAAUCAGUAGUUCUAAACAUACAGUCUCUCCUCUGUCUGUCUCUCUGUUUCUCCUCUCUCUCGCUUCAUCCCUUUUCGUCCUCUUUCUUUCUAGGCCCUGCGUAGUCCUGACGGCAGUACCAAACCAGUGUAUGUUUCAGUGGGUCAAAAGAUCAACCUGGACACGGCCCUGCGCCUCACACACUCCUGCUACCGUGUCCCAGAGCAUAUCAGACAGGUACACAAAACACACGCAUACGAAAAGAGCCACUCCGUCACCAGAUUAGAAGUCAGUCCGAUCAAUGAAAGCCAACUGUGAUGAACCCUGUUAAAUGUCAAAUGGCUGGGAGGAACAGAGCAAAUCAAUACGGCUUGCUGGACAGGGGACACCAUGUGAAGUUCACCUGUCUAUGCUUCUCUCAUAGAGCGGGAUAGCGGCUGCACUUGCCACAAAGCCUGUUGUAGCAUGGGCAGCGCCAUUGAAGUUUAUAAUGGCAAAAACAGGGUGGGCUGGCUCUCUUUCUAACUUUAUGCUCAUCUCCACCUGCAGUCUGCACACAAUCAUCAAGUUUGCGGACGACACAACAGUGGUAGGCUUGAUUACCAACAACGACGAGACGGCCUACAGGGAGGAGGUGAGGGCCCUCGGAGUGUGGUGUCAGGAAAAUAACCUCACACUCAACGUCAACAAAACUAAGGAGAUGAUUGUGGACUUCAGGAAACAGCAGAGGGAACAUCCCCCUUUCCACAUCGAUGGAACAGUAGUGGAGAGGGUAGCAAGUUUUAAGUUCCUCGGCAUACACAUCACAGACAAACUGAAUUGGUCCACUCACACAGACAGCAUCGUGAAAGAAGGCGCAGCAGCGCCUCUUCAACCUCAGGAGGCUGAAGAAAUGUGGCUUGUCACACUCACAAACUUCUUCAGAUGCACAAUCGAGAGCAUCCUGGCGGGCUGUAUCACCGACUGGUACGGCAACUGCUCCGCCCUCAACCGUAAGGCUCUCCAGAGGGUAGUGAGGUCUGCACAACGCAUCACCGGGGGCAAACUACCUGCCCUCCAGGACACCUACACCACCCGAUGUUACAGGAAGGUCAUAAAGAUCAUCAAGGACAACAACCACCCGAGCCACUGCCUGUUCACCCCGCUAUCAUCCAGAAGGCGAGGUCAGUACAGGUGCAUCAAAGCUGGGACCGAGAGACUGAAAAACAGCUUCUAUCUCAAGGCCAUCAGACUGUUAAACAGCCACCACUAACAUUGAGUGGCUGCUGCCAACACACUGUCAUUGACACUGACCCAACUCCAGCCACUUUAAUAAUGGGAAUUGAUGGGAAAUGAUGUAAAUAUAUCACUAGCCACUAAACAAUGCUACCUUAUAUAAUGUUACUUACCCUACAUUAUUCAUCUCAUAUGCAUACGUAUAUACUGUACUCUAUAUCAUCGACUGCAUCCUUAUGUAAUACAUGUAUCACUAGCCACUUUAACUAUGCCACUUUGUUUACUUUGUCUACAUACUCAUCUCAUAUGUAUAUACUGUACUCGAUACCAUCUACUGUAUGCUGCCCUGUACCAUCACUCAUUCAUAUAUCCUUAUGUACAUAUUCUUUAUCCCCUUACACUGUGUAUAAGACAGUAGUUUUGAAUUAUUAGUUAGAUUACUUGUUGGUUAUCACUGCAUCGUCGGAACUAGAAGCACAAGCAUUUCGCUACACUCGCAUUAACAUCUGCUAACCAUGUGUAUGUGACAAAUAAAUUUGAUUUGAUUUGGAGUCUGUUAGUGUUAUUCUGCAUUCCUGCCACUAGACUGUGCUGUUCCCUUAGAGAAAAGUGUGGUGCCAUAACUCAUCUGCCUUACACACUGUGCUGCUGUCAAAAUCAGCCCUGCACUGCACCCAGUGCUAUCACACACACACACACACACAUAAACUCACUCACUCACUCGCUCUUUCUCACUCUCUCUACCCCCCCCUCUCUGUCUCUCACUGUCAUUUUUCUCCACUGCAGUCAACACACACACACACACACACACACACACACACACACACACACACACACACACACACACACACACACACACACACACA